AAUAUCUACGUUAUCAACCCCGAGAAUGAGGAUAACAUAACACAAACACAGCAGUAAUAAAAAGACGCGUUGCAAAAAGUCAUAGACAAUCAUGGAGUCCUGUGGAUGUGUAUCUCUCUCUAUCAGUCAUGAGUCAUGAUCGCACACACACAUGACACAACCAUAUGAGGAUAUGGCCCAACCCCAUAAUGGAAAAUUAAGUAUCAACAAGAUAAAGAUACAACCACACACGGCACUAGUACAAUAGUAGUGGGACAAAGCAACAAAUCAAAGAGUGAAGUGUUCGAUAAUGCAAAUGGAGAACUAUUCAUAUCAAUCAUACCCAGAUUCAGGAGACUCCUCUCCUCGUUCAAGAGAAAUCGACUUCGAAAACCCACCCACAACAAUACCAUGGGACGAUCAACAACAACUACAACAACAAAGUUACAAAGUCAAGUUCAUGUGCAGCUACGGUGGCAAGAUCCAACCGCGCACACACGACAAUCAACUCUCUUAUGUUGGUGGUGAAACUAAAAUCCUAGCCGUUGAUCGUAACAUCAAGUUCCCCUUAUUGAUCUCCAAGCUCUGUUCUCUUAUCGAAGCACCUGAUGUCUCUUUUAAGUACCAGCUCCCUGGCGAGGAUCUCGAUGCUCUAAUCUCAGUAACCAACGAUGAUGAUCUUGACCACAUGAUGCAUGAAUACGAUCGUCUCUCCCGUGCUUCCGCUAGACCCGCACGUAUGCGAUUAUUUCUUUUUGUUAACGAUUCCACUCCAUCUUCAAACCCACCCGACCCGAUUAAACCAGCCAACGUUGACUAUCUUUUUGGUAUUGAAAAACCGGUAACAGUUACUCCGCCUCCCGCCGCCGUUAAAUUUCACGAUCCUGUGCCGGAACCGGUUGCUCCGCUACCAGAAUUUCAUCCUCGACAAGCUUUGAAUCCAUCUGAUCGGGUUACAGCUUCGGAUCCGGGUUUAAAUCAUCAGAUUGAAAUUCAGAGGCAGUUACAGCGGAUGCAGAUUGCGGCGGAGAACGAGCAAACUGCUUAUCGGAGAAAAAGCGAAGAUAAUUUCGUCGGAAACUAUUCUACCGGAGAUUAUUACGUUCAGAAAGUGCCGGAGAAAUUCCCGGUGUCUAAUUUUUCAGCACCGCAGCAACAUCAACCGGGUUAUUGGCAGGAAAAGCCUGUUCCCGGCGAGGCUUAUCCGCCGGUUGCGCCUGGAGGAGGAGACCAGCCUGUUUAUAUGGUUCCGGCGCCGGGAAAUUACUAUAAUACGCAGCCGGUGAUGCGUCCACCCGUAACUCAAGGAUACUACGCUGUGCAACGAAUGCCAUCCGAUUCUUACCGUGAAACGCAGGUUUACGGCGGCGCACCUCCUUCUAAAGCGCCGUUUUCGUCGGGGAUGUCGGCGAAUUAUGCACCGGCGCAGCCGGUUAAAGGUCCUGCGUAUGCGGAAGGAGUUAGUGUGGUUCGGUCGACUGGGAUACCGGAUAAUUCGGUAGGUUCGUACGCACAAGUGGCGUAUGAUAGUGCAAGUGGCAGACAAGUUUAUUAUACUGCGCCAGGUGGGGUAGUACACGCUCCGCCGUACCAAGGAGUUGCUGCGCCUGUCACCACAGACGUUAAAGGGAUGAGCAAGAUUUCUCAAGGUUCAGUUUGAUUAGAAUUUUCGAUUAAGAUUAUGUUUAUGUUAAUUUUAAAAUAUUAUGUCAAUAAUUUUUUCUUUUGCACUCUUUUACCGAACUUGGAUGAAUAUGAUAGUAGUCUUUUAUUAUAACAUGUUACUAGUAUAUAUUGUUGUACUUGUACUAAGAAAAACAUGUUAUUUUGUACACGAUGUGGACUGUGUUAUACACUUGUAAUAUGGCUGUGUUUAGACUUCUUUCUAUGCCACUAAUUUGUGUCUAGAUAGUGUUUUUUCUGUUUUUA